GCCCUGUGUCGUCCCGGGUCCGUCCCCUUAGCGCGUCCCAAGCUGUCCCCGGUUGCCCCUCUCUGAGCACCUGAUCUCCAUCUAUUUACUGGGUAAAGGCCCGUACCACUGGGCUGCGUCAGCGCAACCUGCCCUGCGUACCGUGGCUACGAAGUGACCGACACACGCUACCACUCUGCCUGCUGCUGCUCAGGUCCCUUUUUACUCCACCUUAGCCCAUUGACACGGCACUCAUGUCAUUGCACCUCUCCUCCCACUCCAACUUCAAAACCUAAACCUCCCUUCUCCUUACUGUACCUAUCGACCAAAUUCGACCUUACUCUCUGUCGAAACAAAAUACUCCAUCACCAAACAGACCCAAUCGACACAUCCCCCCAUAUCAACAAAACAGCCAAUAAACAGAUUGAACGAUACAGACCUCGUCAAGAUGUUGUUGAAAUCCCUCGCCGCUGCCGGCCUGGCGAUUACGGCCACGCAAGCCUUCGUCAUCGUCCCCGAGAUCUCCGAAGCCGACAACGAAAUCGUCAAAACCCUCCCCUUCGUGGAGGCUUCCUCAGAUGUAGGCCUUGCGAGCCACCGCGUUAAGGUCGACUGCCCCGGCUGCCCCCUGACGAUGCGUCAACACGAUGGUCGCUACCACACAAUGACGGACCUCGACAACCACCUCGAGCUCACCUUCUCCAUCGAAACCGACACUACCGGAGUCGACCAUCUCCUCGUCAACGACUUUGAGCUCUACCCCAAGCCUGCCUCGUGGUACAAGGCUCUCCGUGCUCCUCAGAUUCCCGACUUCGCGGAGGCCGCUACCAAGCACCCUCAGAACGCCGACCCCAACACCCCUCAGCUUGGUUAUAGCCUGGGCGUCCGCCCCAUCGCCAAGGAUACCGAGCAGGAGCUUGAGCUCGUCGAGGUGGACCUCCAAAUCAUCGAGGUCGGAAACAGCUUCGUCGCCGACGUCCCCAAUGUCCAGGUCAAGCUCAUCAAGUCCCCUACUGGAAGCCUCAUGAUCGGCAAUGUCGAGCAAACCGAAACCUCCGUCCCGUCCCACAAGGAAGAGGAGGACCACGAGCCACCUGCCGAGGACUGCACCACCUUCUACUGCAGAUGGCGCGCCGCCAUCCUGAGAAACAUGCGUGGCAUGAAGUGUGGAGGCCGCAAGCACGGAAGCAUGCGCGGACAGCACCGUCACGGACACCACUCUCACAACGCCGGCCAGAUUAGACACCACCACCACACCUGGGGUCAGCUGGCUAAGAACAUCACCUCCCAUAUCUUGCUCCCGAUCCUCAUCGGCAUUGUUGCUGGCGUCAGUGUUAGCAUGUAAGUCAUCCAUUUUCCCCCGUACCCCCCGGUCGCGUGACCCCCUUUCUUACGGAUCCACUAACACGAUAUUUCAGCAUUGGCAUGAUGGUUGGUACCUUCGUUGUCUGCCUCUGGCGCGUCUUUGUCCGCCGCCAGGCCCCCUUCGCUCGCCGUCACUGCCGUCGCCGUGCCCGCAGAAACACGCAUCGCGAGGCCGGUG